GAUAUCAGAGGAUGCGCCUUUGAGCGCGCGGUUUCCCCUGGACAUCGCAGUGGACCGGGACGUCGGAGACAACUAUAUCCAAAGUUACCAAAUUACGCACACGAAUCAUUUCGCCGUUAAGGUCAUGCAGGAGGACGGGACCAAAUAUGUCGAACUCGUGAUGAUCAAAACACUUGACCGGGAAACAGAAGAGUUUUACACCAUCGAGGUAACCCUUAAUCUACACAGUUCCACCCACCGCGCUCCGCCAUUGUUGUUUUCACAAGCGACAGCGGUGUACGUGACGCCAUGGCUAAAGUUCGUGGACAACAUGCAAUGUAGUCGCUGCACAGAGUCCAAACCUAGGAAGAGACAGGAGUGGAUUUAUUUAAUUUUUAGUGAUUUUUUUGUCUCCGGACGAAUGAUUUGAGACGUUUAAGACGAAACUAACCGCAGAGGAAUUCAUGAAAUAUCAUUUAGCUAAACCAUUGCCAUGGCAGUACUACACUUGUGUUGUGUUGACACGCCGGACAGAAGGGGGUGGGGUUCGCUGUAACUCAUUAUCAUUUAAAGAGACAUACACCAAAACGGGUUGCUGUGAGCAGAGCUGUUUUUGACGAGGCAAGAAGGGUUUUGUUUACACAGCCAUUGAGUGUUUUUAAGCAAAAUAUGUUCCAGACAUUUCAUAAAGACCCUAAUAAAUCAUACCAACUUGUUGAAAGUGCUCGUCUGAGGAGACCUCUAACAUCAGUGUCACAGAGUUCCUGAACUACUUACUGUUGAGAGAUCAGACGCUGUUAAAUGGAAUUAAGUUAAUGUCCUGGAUUACUCACAGCACUUUGUGUUGCAUUAAUCUGAUAUCAAGCCACAGAUUUCAACACUUUACACUGUAUAUGCAUGUAAAGUAUUAAAAGCAGAGUUCAGCACACGCUAAAUCAUGUACACACUAUUCUAUUCUUUUUGGUCUAACCUAACCCUGAACUGAACUAGAGCUCAACUAUACAUAUUUUAUUUUCGUCAACCACUGAUCACAGUGUUAGACACAGAAGAUAGAUGUAAAGGUUUAAAGGGAACAGAACACAGACCUUUGACUCAGACAGAGAUGUGUAUAUGUGUGUGAAGUGGUUCAUUUGUCAGCUGGACCAUUUGUCAAAUGGUCUGUGUCCUGAGAUAAACCAAUUAGCACGAACGAGACACUUGACAGCGCGUCACAUGUCACACCUAACAAUCCACACGGCCGCUGAGAGCAAACAAAAAACAACUCAUUCUUCAAAGGGUUAACACCUUUAUCUCUGCAGUCUCCUCAUUUGAUGGAGACCAAUCGAUGGUUCUGUUAAGACCCUCAAUACGCUUCUUUACAUUGAUCUUAGUAAAUAAUUAAGAAAAGUGUUCAGAAAACAAACCCUGAUCACUUUACAUUUGGCUGACACUCACAAAUCAAUUCCUGUGCACAUACCGAAACUGUGUUUUAUUCAGGUUAGCUGAGAAUGUAAUUCAAAAAAGCUACGGUGCAUUUAAGGCAUACAUUUGAUCCAUUUGUGUGUUUUCUGGGAAUCUAAUCCACAACCUUUGUGCUGCCAGUGUAACGGUCUACCAACUGAGAUACAGAAACUGUAGAAAAAACAAUUACCAAAAAAACAAAUUUGUUAAAAAACUUAUUUUGAGAACUUCGUUUGCACAUAUAGAGCACAUAGUUUGGUUUCAUUCAAAUGAAAAUGAACAUCCACAUGAAUAAAAACAUGAUUUCGACAGAAGUCUUAAUAAUUGUUCGUACAGUAUUUUUUUUUACAAAACUAAUUCUUCCAAUCAAAAGAUUUUAACAACUUUAGCAAAGCGUGUCUAGACUUAACGGUACUGUCUGACAUGAAACAACAGGGUGUUUUAUGGGCAUCUGACAGGGUGUGAAGCAGUCUGUGACCCAAUAGGGAGCCAUGUCCGAGGCUUUUGGGAGAGCUGUGGAAGUUCAUUGGUCAGCUGAUGGGUCAAUUUAAAUACACCAGGACCCAUAUCAGACGAGAGCUGAUAACCUCAGACAGAACUGCAAACAAUAGUGAUGACCACAGCAACACGAGAUUCUGGUAUUCAAUAUACCAUUUGAGUGCAUCAUUUAUUUGAAUUGUAAACAUGAAGUCCUAUUGCAGCUGUGUUAUAUUUGCGUGCGUCAUUUACAAAAGCUUUUGUACAACCACGAAAUACUUCACCUUCGAGGAAGACGCGCCUGGCACAGAGAUUGGAAACCUUUCACAGGAUUUAAAAAUGGACCCGGCUGAGGACCCCGAGACAUCGUUCAAAUUCAUGCAGAAGACAAACCCGUCCGUAAUUCACAUGAGACAGAUGGACGGGCUCUUAACAGUCGGAGAAACCAUCGAUCGAGAGCUGCUGUGCCACCGGUCCCCGCAGUGUCUCGUAACUUUUGAUGUCGUCGCCUUCUCAAAAGGAAAGUUUCAGCUCAUUCAUGUGGAAAUCGAGAUAAAGGACAUCAACGAUCACGCGCCUUGGUUUGCGCGCAACGAGACGCACAUGGAGAUAUCAGAGGAUGCGCCUUUGCGCGCGCGGUUUCCCCUGGACAUCGCAGUGGACCGGGACGUCGGAGACAACUAUAUCCAAAGUUACCAAAUUACGCACACGAAUCAUUUCGCCGUUGAGGUCAGCACGCAGGAGGACGGGACCAAAUACGCCGAACUCGUGAUGAUCAAAACACUUGACCGGGAAACAGAAGAGUUUUACACCAUCGAGGUAACCGCAACAGAUGGAGGGGCUCCACCAAAAUCUGGGUCUACCACCGUUUACAUACGAGUGCUGGACUUUAACGAUAACAGCCCUACAUUUGAACACAGCUCGCUCAAAGUGGAGCUGAACGAAGAUUCACCCGUCGGUUCCCGUGUGCUGAAAGUUCACGCGUUCGACUCCGAUGCCGGGAUUAACGGGGAAGUUGUUUACGGGUUUGUCGAAGGCUCCCCGUCGGACGUUACACGCGUCUUCCAGAUCGAUCUCAUCUCUGGGGAGGUGACUCUUAAAGACGCGGUCGAUUACGAGAAAAAGAAGUCGUACGAGUUUCACAUCCAGGCCUCCGAUUUGGGCACCAGUUCUGUUUCGUCUACGUGUCGGGCCAUUGUAGACAUCGUUGAUGUGAACGACAACGCGCCAGAGAUCAGCAUUAAGCCCAUGACCUCCACGAGUGACGGGGUGGCCUUCAUCACCGAGGCCGCGGCCGUGGAGAGCUUCGUGGCUCUGGUGAGCACCUCGGACAGCGACUCUGGACCCAACGGUUACGUGCGCACGAGUCUGCGCGGACACGAGCAUUUUAAAUUGCAACAGGCAUACAGCGACACAUUUAUGAUCGUUACGACCGCCACUUUGGACAGGGAAACUAUUUCAGAGUACAAUCUCACAGUGGUGGCCGAGGAUUUGGGAACGCCGCCUUUUAAAACCGUUACGCAUUAUACGAUACGCAUCACGGAUGAGAACGACAAUGCACCGGUGUUCAGCAAAGACAUUUACGAUGUAUCAGUGAUAGAGAACAACAUCCCGGGGUCGUACAUAACCACAGUUGUUGCGAGGGAUCUCGACACUGGGAAAAAUGGAAAGGUGUCAUACAGCCUUGUUGACGGCAAAACGCGCGAUGGUGCCGCGCUAUCGACGUUUGUGUCCAUAGACCCUGUCUCUGGAUCUCUCUACACUCUGAGAUCGUUCAACUUUGAGGCUUUUAAAGAAGUCCAGUUUACUGUUAAAGCCACUGACAAAGGUUCCCUGCCACUAUCCAGCACUGCUUUAGUAAGAAUCCACGUGGUGGAUGAAAAUGACAACUCCCCAUAUUUUACAUAUCCAGUCUUGAGGAAUCAUACAGCUGACAUUCCAAUACCCCUGAACGCCCAGCGUGGUUACCUGGCUUUAUGUGUGACCGCGCUAGAUGAAGACAAUGGUGACAACAGUGAACUGAGUUUCCAUAUUCUUGAGAACGACGCACAACUUUUCUUCAUGGAUAAAAAGAGUGGGGAAAUUAUUUUGCGCCAAAGUCUGACAGCAUCAUGUGGGGAAGUUCUGCAGGUCAGGGUUUCUGUUGUGGACAACGGCAGAGAGCCUCUAUCCACCACGGCCACUAUCCGGUUUGUGGUGACGGACACUGGCUCCCAGGAGGACCACGUGGUUAUUUUACUCCGGUCUAAGGAUGAAGAGACCCUAAGCUUUGAUGUUGGGAUGGUGGUUAUCCUUGCUACAGCAGGGGGGUGCGCGCUGUUGCUGACAGCCAUUGGCAUCCUAGCGGUGACCUGCAACAGAAGAUGCAGACGGAGAAACUACGGGAGAGACGGUCUGUACGGGUCGAGCCCUUUUUCUAAAAGCAACACUGUCACCUCAGAUAUAUACGGUGGCCCUGGUGCCUUUCUGCCUCAUGAAGGAGAUUCAGUACACCACUGUCUUUAUGAAGACAAGAGCCUGGACUUUGAGGAAAAGCUGUUCCUGCCAUGCAAACCCUUUGAGCAAACAUUUCUAUGGCAAGAUGAAAAAUACUGUCUACAGAGGAGUGGCACCAGCAACACGGAUCAGCUGAGCGUGAAGGACAGCGGCAAAGGAGACAGUGAUUUCAAUGACAGUGAUUCUGACACCAGCGCAGCCGCUCUCAAAAGAAGCCUGACAACAUUUCAACCAGUGAGCAGAAGCUCAUUCACCUGUGUAGGAGACUGGAAAGGCAAACAGCGGGUUAUACAGACGCAGAACAUGCACGUUCCACCCGGCACGCCCUACACGAUAGGUUUUUCUGCUCCGGUUUACAACAUGAGCCAUGUUCAUUCUCAUCCCUGGAAAGAAGGUUUUAAUAAAACAAACACGUUACAGACGUUCUCCAGGACUCCAGCGCGGCCUUCAAACCCUCUCCAUCCGCUGGAAGGAAGGACCGCUGAUGUUGAGGAGCAAACUGAACCCGUGAAGGAUGCGCUGACGGUUUUGGCUGUUUGUGAAGUUGCUACAACCUUUUAAAUCUUUGAUCUUAAUAUUUGAACUUGAAUGACUGAGGACCCACACAUUUAUUUGUAUAACAAUCAUGGCAUUACUCGACUGUCUUUUUUGAAAUAAUCUCUCGAGACAUCUUUGAGAAUGAGAGCGGCGAAUGUAAAAUUAAGUUAAUAUAAAUGUGUUUUCUCUUGUUUGUAUAUUUUUAAAGACGUUUUGCUGAUUUGCAACACUUGUUUGUUUUCUUUUUGUACCACUGAUUGCAAAAUGAUGGAUUUUAUUGAAAUAAUUUAGCCAAUAAUUACAACCCGUUUAGUUUCAUUCAGAGCUGUUGCCAAGUUAAUAAGAUUCUUAAAUGAAAUGAAGCGUGAAUUUGUGAGAUACAUCGAUUUAACCCCAUAUAAUUGACAUUUUCUUAGAAAUAGUUUAUGUAUUUAUUAUAAAAUUCUAACAAUAAAUGACCUACGCUGCCUUUUCUUUUAUGACGGAACAGGAAUGUCACGCAGAAUGGUCACACAAAUAUACUAACAGAAAUCAAUCUCGUUCAUAUGGAAUACUAAAUGAUGCCAAACCCCCUAAAGCAAUACCCCAUACAGUAGUGUCCAAAAGUGAUGUCCGAAGGCCCUAUUUCUACAAUAUUUGCUUUUAAUGAAUAAAAUAUGAGGAGUGUGGUACACAAUGGUGAAAAUACAACUUUAUUUGACUAGAAAGGCUACAGGGAAUAUGGGUUUA